AUGGCCCCCAAACGCGCCGCCGAGGGCGCAGCAGCGGCGUCUUCCAAGGAUGCCCAGCAGGCAAAGAAGCGCAAGGGUUUCCGCGUUGGCCCCGAUAACCUCCCCGAGGGACCAUGGCGCAGAAAGGUCGAAAAGAAAAAACUGGAGCUCAUUCACAAGGCUAAGGUCAAGAAGGCUUACGCCAAGAUCAAGGAGAGGGAGCUCGCCUCGCAGGCUUCAUCCAAAGCCCGGCAGCCUGCUGCUGCUGCUGCUGCUGCUGCUGCCGUCGCCGCUGGCCCGUCCACAAAGGAGGCCUCAAAGGGUGCCUCAAGUGACGACGAACUCGACGACGUCGAGGAACCCCAGACCACUCAGGAGACAUCUGACUCAGCAAUUACAAGAACAGCAAUAUCAACAGAAGCAGAAGCAGCGGCGGCGGCACCGGCACCAGCAACGUCGGGUCUGUCAUCACCGACAGAAGCGACACCGGCGCAGCCGCUCGAGGGGGAAAUCCACCCCUCCCGCGCCGAGAUGAUUACCAACGACGGCGAGCUCCCGAACCCGAACACCGUGGCCGUGAAGCGCAAACGUGGCGCAGCGACGGCCACCGGCUCCAACGCCGAACUCCCCGGCACGCGCACCGCGUCUGCACCUGCCGCCUCGAACGGCACUGAAGACGCCGCCGAUGCCGCGGACCGCUACGAGCCCCGUAAGCCUCGCCGCCCCCGGAAGCCGGGCUACUACGAGAAGCAGCUCGCCCACGCCGAGCAGAAGCGCGCCGAGGCGGAGGCCCGCCGCGCCGAGAUCCAGCGCCGCCACGAGGAGCGUGAACGUAAGACGGCCGACCGAGAGCGGUACCGCCGCGCCAUGGCCAAGGCCCGAAAGGGCGGCCAGGACGGCCAGCGCCGCCUCGGCAGGGAGAGCGCGCUGCUGCUCGAGAAGGUGAAGCGCAUCGUGGGCGACUCCAAGUGA